GCCGUCAGCCCUGAGUUGGGACGCUUGUGGAUUGCGCUGGAGGGAUAAGAGAAGGCGCCAUGAACAAGAGAAAUAAUCCGGAAAGCCUGGUGGACACGGCGCUUGCGAGAGCCUGCCAGAUGGUGAGACGAGCAGGGGUCAACUGGACCCGCAGACUACGCUCAGCUGCUGUUACGGGCCGGAGUAGCUGGCUCCAAGAGAUCGAGUCUGUGGAGGAAGAGUGUGUCCUGGUGCGCGCACACCUCGCCUCCCUAACCGUGUCCUUAGUAUCAGAGGUCAUUAUUGUUUAUGCUCUCCGGGAAUUCACGAAAAUCAUCGCAUCUUACAACGACCACAUCUCUGGCGCUCUGAGGGUCAGGUUUUUAGCUAGAGAAAUUAAUGAGGAUGUCUGCUCAAACAUGUUGAAGUCUGUACUUCUACCUUGCGUGUCUAAGUGCAGUAUAAGUAACAUGCAGUCUAAUUUCAUACAAACUCUCGUAAUCAAAUUGCUCUAUGUUAUUCCGAACAUCAAAGCUUUGAUCUUGCCCUCAGCACACCCCAGCUACCUGCAGCUCCUCGUGGAAAGAAUUCAGAUACUGACCCAUCUGCAGGAAUUUCGCUUCCAUAUUGGCUGUACUACAGAAAUUCUUAUCGAAUUAUCAAGAUUUUGCCGUCACAUGAAGCACUUAUCUGUCCAAGAAUCCAGACUUGUGGAUGAUUACUGCGUAGAACACUUGCUGAAACUCACACAACUGUGUGGUCUGAAUGUCGCUGCCACAUCAAUUUCUAAUAUCGGAUAUAGAAAACUUCUCUUGUGUUUGCCUGAAAUCGAAAACAUUACUUGGUUUAGUCCAAUAGACACUGUCCUAGGAAACCUGAGAGUAUAUUUUCCUUCAGUGAUGAAAUUUGUCGGUACAGUAUCACAUGCAAGCAUAAUAUUUUGGAAGUGCCCAAAUAUAAAGGAGUUAGAGCUGCUUUCCCCUGCCCAGGCCAUUUCAGACCUGGCCGGGCUCAGAAAUGUCUCUUCUUUUUCCCUUUUCCGCUGUUCCUACACGGGUAUUGCACUUGGCGUUGUCAUCAGGUGUCUGGGUCAAAAUCUUACAAAUCUAAAAAUGAACGAAAUUUUGGAUAUAAACAUCAAUGACUUGAUUAAUUAUUGCACUGUUCUUAAAGAACUCAGUAUUCUUUACAGUCACAUGAUAAUUAGAAGAACGUUCGAGCUUAUAUCGCCACAUUUCCGAAAUCUUAAAGUAAUAAGAUUAAGGUACGACUGGGGCCCGUUUGAUUUCAGCUCCAUCCUGCACCUAUACAUCAAUCUGAAUGUAUUACAUCUUGUAGGCAUGGUGGAGAUAACUGAUACGUUCAUGAAGCAAACUGUGACGGCUGGCGGAUUCAGAAAUCUGACUGAAUGUUUCAUAGAAUUUUGCGGAGACAUGAGCAUGGAUACGGCGUGGUUACUUUUGCAGAACUGUCCCAAUUUGACUACGAUUGGGAACAUUGACAGUUGGUCUCGUGUCGACGAACGUGAAGUAGCGGCACUUUUAACUUUUUUGAGGAAUAACAAUCUCUCACUCGAAGUAUGUCGCUGAGUUCAAGUCUCUUUCAGCGAAUCAGGAGUCUGCAUGAGAAUUAAAAAAGAUACUGUUGACUGAAUUGUUUUACAAAUAUUGAAAAAUAUGCUUCCUGAACACUAUUUCCUGAUGCCUUCUAAAGUUCAGACACGUACCUACAUUUUAACAUGCAAGUUUGUGACGCCUGGAAGAACAUUACUAAUUUUGCUAUAUAAAUAUGUCCGUCCAUCACAGAAAUUUUAUACUUUUAAUAAAGAACUGAUACUCAAUUUGUCGAUAAAAUCAGUUUAUUAACAUGCAACUGUAUUGUAACGUAUUUGGUCUACUGUGGACGCCGUUCGGAUUGUUGACUGGUUUUACUAACAACCUGCAAGUCGUAACUACAAUUAAUUGUAACACUGUUGCGGGUUUACACAAUUCACAAACCCUACACCCUAAUUUCUUCACUUUCUACAGUAUAACACGGGAGCCAUACAAGUGUCGCUGAAUUACACACUCCCAAUACCCAAUGCCUUCUCAGUUAUCACCACUAUCACUUAUUCCAGUUUCUCUUAUAAA